GCUGUGGCCACAGAGCUGAUGGCUGUAAAACUUAAUCACGCAUAGCCAAUAAGGUAGGAGCACAAAGCCAGGCAGGUAACACAUCGCGUUGAGAGGGCGAGGUGGGGACCCAGCGUGCAGUAGUGUGCUACCUGUCACCAACACACUGUCCUCACUCCCAAUUGUUUUCACUGGCUGUGGUGUCCGGCCUCACCGAGAAGCCGCCUUGUAAACACCGGCUGCGCCAUGGCCUGUCCCUUCCUGAGACAGGUUUGAGACCUACACUAUCUCACCGCCUGAAGUCAUUACCACUGGCUUUUCCCUUCUCUACCUCCGGACUAAGUGCCUGCAGAUGUCUUGACACCAGCGACUGUGUGUGUGUGUUGGGGCGUGAGGCGGACUGUACACAGGACAACCCCUUCUUUGUGUACAGAAAGUGUGUACGUAGUCGGUGCUCUACAGGUGGCCGAGACCGUGUGUGUACACUCACACCACACAGGAGGAAACACGCGGUAGCUGUGGUCACAGGUAGUGUCGUGAUGUGGUCACAGGUAGAGUCGUGACGGCAGCUGUUCUCUUCCUGGUUGUUUUAACCUGACUCUUUCGUGUCUUCAUUAAUUUUCCCUUUCGAGGUGCAAACUGCUUAUUGUUCCAUCAUGGCGGUCCCAAAAAAGGUGAAACAACAAACAGGUGUCUCACCUUGACGAUACAACACCUGUCAUCUCGCUACACAGUCACCGAGAGACAGCAGCACUGUCCAUAGCAGCACGAGCGUGUCGGCGUCUGCUCGCCGUUGAGUACCUCAGCGCCAGGUGUCUGCGAUAUUAUGACAACACUUCGCGUACUUUGCAAAGUUUUACGUGCUAAUCACGUGGGUGGUGCGUGCUGUAGAAAGAAGAGAAGGGCACCAUGUCCCUGGAUCCAGACGUCAGCGCUAUCAUCGGUGGAUGCGUCGGUGGAGGAGUUGUGCUGGUUGCCAUCAUCGCUUUAAUCGUCUAUUUUGUCUGUGGCUGUGGCGGAAGGGGGCGGCGGAAACGGAAGAAGACUUUCAGCCAGUUAUCCACCAGCACCUCUGUUCAAACUUCACCGUCACAGAGUCAACCGUCUAGCCUGGGUCCUGGUGCGGAGGGCGUUCGUCUGCCGAAGGUGAGCAGCAGCGGGCUGUGGGUGGGCAGCCCGUCCAUGUACACCUGUGCACCACCACCCCCUGUCUGCUUGUACGGGCGGUACAGCAGCAAACAAGAAGCAGAGCAUCAUUCAGGAUCCCACCUCUCUUCUGAGAAGCGCACACAAAAGGACGGACUGGUAUCGCCAUUGUUCAACAAUGGGGAGCCCUCGGAUUUACCACAGACCAGCAACUCGUGGCCAGUCAUUGAGGUGUGUAGAGACACACCUGCUGUCUACAAGUUCCAAGACGAUGGCUACCCAAAUGGCCAUCUUCAGCGCAGGCACAGUGACGUCAAUUCAGGUUAUCUAAGCCCAACUGCCGAUCCAAAACGUUCUUCGAAGACAAGAAGCGCAACUAGCAAUGAGGCACAAGUUCACGACACCCAAAUUAAAUCAACGGGAAUCAAGGGCCAUACAAACCUCGCUUUCACACCGGAUAUGGUGCACAGCGAACAAGCGACGGCCAGUGCUAAAGAACACCACACGAUGGCUGUGGUCACUUCAGCCACGGACAGCAUGAAGUUGCUGGUUAAAAAUAAAACUGACGACCAAAAACAAGUCGUCUACGCCUUAACGCCAUCCUUUGCACAGGAACCAGUGGUCAAGGCUGAUCGCUUUAUGCACGUUGAUGACGUAUACAGUUUGCCCCAGAAGACGGACGAGCAGCUAGAAACAAGAGCUCGGCAAAGCCUCGAUAACCCUGUCCUAGCCUGUAUGCAGGCCAUGGGCCUGGACAGGACAGAAAGCGAGGCUUCGCCUUUUGGCCACACUACUGGGCCCAUGCUACGGCACGAGGACCUGGCGUGCACCGUGCCUGUCAUACACAACCCGCUGUACGAGGAGGCCGACGAUGUUGCUGCAUCAGUUCACGACGUCAGUGCAACCUCCCAGAAAGCUGACGAACUGCCCUCAUAUCAAAAGAAACACAGUGCCUCAGACCAAAUUCAAGGUAGUGCCUCAGACCAAAUUCAAGGUAGUGCCUCAGACCAAAAACAACACAGUGCCUCGGUGGAAAACGAAUCGUCAAAAGUCAUGCAGGCGCCUAUCAGUUAUUCUGUUUUCCUGGAGCUCUGUGCAAUAAAGUCUGAAGACACAGCAGACAGUUGUGAUCGUGUUGACGAUGCCAUAUCUAGGCAGAGGCAGGGAAGUAUGGACGCAGAAGAUGGAAAACACAUAACGGCAGCAGCUUUUCAGUUCCUAGACAACUACCUGUCCGAUGAUGAGAGCAACGACCUCCAUAGUCCUCCUACUUCUCCAGCUCUUUCAGCGCAUGGAAACCACAGUUACUAGUCGACGGUAGACGAGAUUGCAGCCGUGGUCCUCGGCAGAAGAUGUACAUUGACUGCUGCCUAACUAUUUCAUCGGCCAACGGGGUUUUUUCCCUACUUAUAUUGUGACAGAUGAUUGUUCUUUCGAUUUCUGUUUGGCUGUUUGUUUUGUUUUUUGUGGGGUUUUUGUACUCAUAGUUCUAGUGGCCUCGUUCACGGUGAACAGGCUACACAGUCGCUCUUUGACAAGGAGUAGACUGAUAAUGUGUUUUCUCAAUUUUCUAAGUACAUCAGCAGUGCUUAUUAAAUCUUACACCGAUAUUAUCACAACACCAUCGUGUACAUAGUGGUUACACCACAAUAUGAUCAUUGAUACUCCAAUGACCUUUGUACUCCAGUCACUCGGGAUAUGAUGGGUAAGUCAGUUACUCAUAGCAACAUGGGUAACUACUCAAGGAAAAGUGUCUUGUUUUUGUAGUUACAGUGACCUCGCAGACAAUGCUUCACGUUUCUGUACGCCAUGGUAUCUUUGCCACCACCUUACAACUAUGGCGCCAGGGGUAAAAACACACCUGUGAGGGUCUGGACACCGCUUUAUAACUUAGGAAGCAAAAAGCUUAUCCUUGCUUUUCCCAUGUUGCCCAAGGACAAAGAUUUACCCUCGCUUUAUCACUACGCCCCCUGAUGUGGUGACAAUGGCUGGUAAGGCAGGGGAGACAAGCCGAUAAGCGAUGGCGCUUGGUGACUGCGGGUGGCACGGUGUGUUUGGAAAAUUCGUCUCGAAAGAAAGCUGAAAUUAGGGUCUUUCGGUUAGACCGGAGUCCGACAUCAACAUCUAAUCAAUAUUAACAGUUUUCUCACCUUGACAUGGUUUAAGAGCCAUUUAAAUUAAAGAGACAUUUAAAUUUAAGAGAUUUAAAUUAAAGAGACAUUUAAAUUUAAGAGAUUUAAAUUAAAGAGACAUUUAGAGUCGCUUUCAUGCUGCCUUGCCGAGGUAGUCAUUGUAGGUAGUUGGUAGUACAAACAAAGCAAAACGUGACUUUACUGCUUAAUGCGCGAUCUGCGCAUGUCUGGCUCUUUCACCUUUGACAGCGAGUUUGCGAAGAGAAAAUUUGUCGACCGUAAUUAACAUCUUUAUUGCCGAAUAAGAAGAAUUUAAGAGAAGGGGUGGAAAGUUUUGAGAGAAUAAAGCCGUUUUAACUCAUUUGAACCAAAGAUGCACAGUAACUUAUGCAUGAACACCAUGUUAAUAAUCAGCACAACUAUAAGCUUAAUUCAGUAAUUAUAUGGGCUGUAAUAUAUAAGAUUUUAAAACAACAAUGAUUAUUUCUGUGUUUUUACACAAUAUAUUUUAUGUGCUUAAACGAUAUGCGGACUCCUUAAUGCUAGGAAAAUUGUUUCCGCUCUUUCUAUGUGUGUGUGUGUGGAAUGGUUGUUCGUAAAAAGAAGAAAAAAAAAAGUGUCUUUUUAUUACUUUCUCUAUUUUUUUUUGUAAUUAUUAGGACUUUAGUAAACACAUCACGGUCAAUUUUAAAGGCAACAAGAAAACCAUCCUCUGUGCAGUUCUCAAAUUUUGACACAAUUCGUUCCUGUAAUAAAGCAGUAUGAAGUUUUGGUAGCUUUGUGGAUAUUUAUUAACUUAUGUCUUUCAACAGUGUUAAUUUUUACACCUAUGAGGUUCCCUUCGCCAGUUACUAUUUGGGAGUCAAUGUCUGAUGCUGUAACAAGCAUCUUUUAAGCUACUUUUCUGGAAGAUUGUACGAGUAAGAAGCUGUGGUGUUGCUUGUCGCGGUGACACUUGAGUAUUCUCACUUUUGGUUUAUACCCAGGAUGUAAUAUUAGGAUCUACCUGAUUAAUUACGGGUCGUAUAUAUGAAAAUCCUUAUGCGAAAUGUCGACCUCAUACUGUUUUGUUGUCAGCGCCAAAUUUUCUCUUCGUAUCGUUUCCAAAAAUGUUCAUCUUUCGAGUUUUCAGACAUUUACCAUCUGGAAAGCAAAUAAAAGCAACUUUUCUCUUGCCUUUAUAAAAUUUACUGUUGUGACAGUUUAUAACACAACCGUGAUCUUUUUCACCUAUCUCUUUACAUUCGUGUGUCUCGGUAAAGGCAGGUGAGUGGUUAACAGACUGCCCCACACUUCCGCUUCAACCACCGACGAGUGCGCAUUGUGCAUGCGCUGAAUAAUGGACGAAACACCCUCAUUGUGACUUGGGCUGCGAAAGUGAGAUAUAAAGUAAUUGUCUGCAGCGACUGAGUUAUGUUUUAUAACGAUACUACAAACUACCGCGUAGAAAUCAGUGAAGUGCAUGAGUGAUAUAUGCACAUUGACCAUCAACAAUGUGCCAUGUCACCUGACAUUUUUGUAGCCUGUAACAUCUGUCAUGAAGAAGCACCCAGCGCUAGUCGGCAGCACAAGACACCGCUUGGCUUUCUUUCGAACGCUUGUAACCGGGACUGUUUCUGACAAUAGUCAUUGUGUAAAAUGUUGCUUCUUAUUUCAUACGUUAAAAUAAAAUAAAAUAAAAUAAAAUAAAAUGGCAGAUAGUUGGAAGUUCUUCGCGAUAUGAAAACUCGUUUAUUUUAAGUAUGAAAAUAAUUUAUUCUUCAUAAAUUGUCUGUUUUCGAAGUCAUCGGUGUAUCAUUUCGCCUUAGAGCAGGAAAUAUAUGUCGAACAUCAGUCUGUAUGCUUACUCGAGUGUUCCUGUUCCCCUUGCUUAAGAAUAUUCUGUACAUGUACUCUGAUCAAACUAGAAUGUAAUACUGAAGACUAUAAUUCCAGCCUGCAUAAUAUUUUGCCAAGUGUUAAAAAAAUCAAGAAUACUGAAACCUAAACUUUUCCAGGUCCACGUUAUAAAUCUGUACUGCACAACACAAUGUUAUGGUCAAACUAUGCACUAAUUGUUUCAUUUAAGAAGUAUGCAUGGAACUUUGAUAUAAGCACUCUGUUGUCAUUUUACUCCAAGAAGUUUUAUACGGCGAUGGUGUAUUUCAAACACCAAUAUACGAGUAUGUACUCAAUGUUUAUUUGAGCAUAAUAAAUAGUUUAUCAGACUU